AUGAACUGCUGGCUAUUCACCACUCAGGUUUCAAGAAUUACUCGUGGACCACUCAUCACUGCCCGCUGGGUGUUCGUCUUGACGAUCAUCGGCACCGAACUCGCCCUAAUUCGAGCCUGCCAUUUGCUUCAAGGCCGGUUCCUUGUCCCUAUUCUGGAUUCACACGACCACCCUGCCGCUUUCAUCCCCCUCGUUUGUCUGCCCCUGUUCUGCUGCCGACCUGCCACGCCUGCCUCAACUUUUCAAGCCGACGGUCUGCGUUUCCGUUCGCUAGCCGCCGCUGCUAUUGCUACUGCUAUUGCUACUGCUGCUGCUACUGCUACUGCUACUGCUCACCCCUCUCUGAAUGGAAUACCACACUUUACAAUAGUACGGUAG